AUGGGUUGUGGAGGUUCAAAACCAAAACUUAAUUUACCUGAUUUAUCACUACAGCGUAACCCAGACUGGAAGUACAAUUCUUCUAUUAAAGUUGAAGGAAAUACAAUUCAACAAUUUAAAGACCAUGGAUGUACAUCAUGUUGUAUUGGUAAAAUUCCUAUUACCCAAAUCAAAGUAAAAAUUUUACCAAGUCAAGAAUAUUGUUUUGUUGGUCUUAUGGAAAAAACAGCAGCAGAUCAGGCAAGUGCAACGAGUAAUGGAAUAGUAAAUUUAAAAGGAGUGUACGGAUGUGGAAUGGCAGAAAAUGAUGUUGUUAUGAAUGGUCAAGUAACUCAUUAUAAGAGACCAGCACUACAAUCAGGAGAUUAUGUUGAAUUCAAGUAUACUAAAGAUCGGAUUUUCUUUAAAAUAGCAAAAGAUUGGGACUUGUUGUAUGUCGUUGGAGAAGGGAAAGAGUUUGUUUUUGUAUGCGAGGUCUGUCAUCUUUAUUCUAGAGUUGAAAUUAUUGAGUCUACAAAACUAGAAUUAACUCAAUCUGACCCACCAAAUAAUCAGCAAUGA